UGAAAGCAUAGAACACACCGACAGUGGUGGCGACAAUAAUGGAGCGGUGGAAAAAAUUUACGUUAAAAUAGGAGUAGUCGAAAGAACUUGUUCAGAGUUAUUCGCUGACUGAUUCUAUUCAGUAAUUGUUCGUCGAAGAAAUUGUCAUUUUUGAAAAAGAAGAAUAUGGAAGCAGAACCCUUAGAACUUGAGGAAGGCGAAGUUAUCGAUGACGAGGCAAACGACAUCGAAACGUACAAUGUUUUGGAAAGACCUCAUCCAGUUCCAAAUAAAGAGGAACAUGUAAAAAUGGGUUAUAGCGAUGAAUCCGAUGAUUCUGUGGACACAGACAGUGAUUCUGAUUCAGAUUCUGGUCGUAUCAGAAGUAAAAGACCUAAAUUAAAACUGAAACGAUCUAGAAAUUCAACCAAAAACUGGGGAGGCAGAAGUGAUAAGUACAAAAUAUGGUGUACUCAAUUACAAGAGGAAUCCUUAACGGAAGAUUUAGUAUUGUGUGGUGUAACAAAAAAACGAUACCAGGAGCGUAAUGUUGAGAAUUAUAACGUUCCUCACCAUUAUGCUGUAAAUUGUGAAUGGAAUAUGGAGAAUCGUAACAAUAAUAGUUCAGAGGAUGAGAAGGAUGGUGAAAGGAGAUUAACGAAUAAAAGAACAAACUCUGACAGAAGUAAUAUUAAAUUAAGAUUAGGAAAGAGACGUAAUUCAAUGGAUGUAGAUAAUCAAAAAGGAGCUGUACGAAAAAUAGCAGAUUUAAGUACAACAAAUGAAUCAACCGAUGCAGAUGUAGCCACUGAUAUAUCAUCGAAACUUAAUGAGAAAAAAAAUCUCCUUAUAAGAAGAAUUGUAGAUAUAAUUGGCAAAGAAAAAGCUAUUAAUUUCUUCCAAGAAACAAAAAAAAUUGAAGAAGGAGGUGGCAUGCUGAUAAUGAAUGGAUCAAGAAGAAGAACUGCAGGGGGUGUUUAUUUAUGGUUAGUAAAAAAUGAUAAACACAUCCCUCAAGAAAAAAUAAGAGAAAUUUUUUACGACGAUAAAAAAGAGAUCGCCGACCAAAAAAAGUCUGACGCUAAUGCAAGGAGGCAGAAAGCACAAGAACUAAUUAAAUGCCUAGAAAAUGGUUCAGAAAAAGAUCUUCCUGCCUUAUUAACAAAGGCAGAACUUUCUACGCGGGAAAUAGCUGAAGAAGCGAGAUUAAGACGCGGAGAAGGCAUGGAUAGAAUGCCUAUGGAUUCUGAUCGUACAGUAACUAAUCCCCCACCUAGCCCUGUAACAGAUGAUCCAGAUCAUUCGGAACAGCCACUUGUCCAAAGGCAUAUUCAAGACUAUGAAGAAGACUUUCUUGAUGUUGGAGUAGAUAUAGAUAGUAUGGAAGUACUUUAAAAUAUUUUUAUUUCAUUAUUUGUAAUAUGUAUUGAGCGGAUAAUUUGUACCAAGAACAGAGUUCUAAUCAUUGCAAGAAUACUCAUGUACAUAUAUAUUUAAUGUUACAGAAUUUUAUAUAUGAUAUAUAUCAUUUAGUAACAUUGUAUAUAUAUGUGUAUGUGUAACGUACGUGAAUACACUUUACAUCAUUUGUACGUUUGCUUGCCAUUCAUACAGUUACAAAUACUGGAUGUGAUCGAAUGAUUAGAAUCCAUAUCUACAGCAACGACGUUCCAUAUUGUGAUAAUAUAAUUUAUCAAGUGUACAUACUAUGGUAACGUACUUUGUCAUUUUCUUAGAUUUUGGAAAAAUAACAAAUAUUUGUGUACUCUUUUCUUACGUUUCAUUUAAUAUGUUUAUAUUUAUUAUUAAGAUAAAUGUAAAAAAUGUAAGAGACGUGACAAGUAUAAAAUUUUAUAAAAACUGCGACAACAUAAUACUCAAAUACUUAUAUGACGACGUUUUUAUGAAAUUUUCAUUGUUGAUGAUUGUUUAUGUACAUAAAAGUCACUACGAAAAUAAAUAUUAGACUAUUUGUACUUUGUAUAAUGUAUUAAAUGAAUUAUCUCAUGUACAGAAGAGUAUUCAGUAUAUUGUAUGUGUAAUAACGUGUUUCCUUCGGUCACCAAUCAAAUUGAAAAGAUCGAUCUAGAACGUAAUAUUUUAUGGAAAAAAGUAUUUUAUUUUUAAUCCUUUGAAAACAAACAGUAAUUAUUAGUAUUUGAUUAGAGAGUCACGGUAAACUUAAUUAGAGGAC